AUGUCCAACGAACAGGCGGAAGUCCGACGAUGGUCGAUGGUUGAGAAGAAAUCUGGUAGUGACCAACGAACGGGCAUAAGUUUCACGAAGGUUGACGGAGGCUCGAAGGUGGUGAUGGUGGUUGUCAAUGGCAUAGUGAUUGGGAAGUCUAAUCAACAUUCUUUUUUUUUUUCUUCCAGGAAGGGUUAUCAACUUAUCAUGGGGUUUACAUAUGGAAAAAAUUUGAUAAUUCGUGCGUUGGUGUUGAUGAAAACUUUCAGCCCUCAUCAUCUUGUUCCCGAUGUCUCUUCGAGGGUCCCUGGAGUGCCAAGCAAAGUUCCCUUUGCAGUCUCACCCAACCUCAAUGAAGUUCAGAACAAUUUAGCUGAACCAUUAGAAAGCAUGAACCUUGAAAACCUUCUCGAGAAUGUAUUUCCUCAUCAAGAAGUGAACCAAUCUGCAUUGGAAGACCUCGAAAUAUCAAGAUUUGUUAGCAAGAACACGGUGGAUGAGGAAUGGAGAGAGAAUCAGCAGCAGAAGAAGGGUGAUAGAGAGCCACAAAGACAAGUGAGUCUUGGCGAGAUGACACUAGAAGAUUUCCUAGUGAACGCUAGAGUUGAGGUAGAUGGCUCUGGUAAGAUAAGUCACAGUACAAGAGAGUCACAAUGGCUACAGCAGCAAACGCAGCAGUGUAUGAUGGGGUCUUAUGUGCCUUCAAGGCCAGUGAAAUUGCCUACGGGCAUAGGUGCAAAUAAUGCAUCUCCUUUGUCAAAUGGGCCGAAGCGAGUUGCCGGAGAGGAAAUGGCAGAGAAGGCACUGGAGAGGAGGAAGAAGAGGAUGAUCAAGAACAGGGAGUCUGCAGCUCGUUCACGAAUUCGGAAACAGGCUUACACAAGUGAGCUGGAAAACAUAAUCUUGCGCUUAGAAGAAGAGAAUGAAAGGCUGAAGAAGGAAAAGGAGUUGGAUACAUUGCUACAUUGUGUCCCUCUACCAGAACCAAAGCAGCAGCUCCGCAGAUCAAUUUCAGCCCCUUUAUAA